AUGGUAACCCAAAGAAGAAUAUAUUGGAUCACAAAAAAAAGAACUCUCAGGGAAGAAGACCGCAAGCAGGGUAGGCUACUCUAUCGACAAUGUCCGAAGACAGGGAAGGAUUCGUUCCCCAAUGCUGCUGAAGAAGUCGUUCAAAUAUCACGAGAAGAACUAGAAGAACUGCUGAAUCAAGCUCGCCAGACUGUGGCGCCACCUCCUGUAACAUUGCCAUCGUCGGCUAAUACUCCUACCUCUUCGUCAAAGCCCAAUUUCUCAAAACCCGGCUUGGCUCGACAGUUUGAUUUCAACUCUAGCAUUCUGAAUAUCCUGACUCCUCUUAUGGAAUUUGCUCCCGAAGAUUUCGAGAUAAGAGGCAAUCUAAGCCGUGCUAUUACCCUGUUGACGCAGAGGAACGAACUCCUCACUAUAGCGGACACGGAUCCGGAAGUAUUCGAAUUUUAUGAUCAGCAUGCAAAGACUGAAAGCAUGCAGACCACUAAUCCUAUUCUCGCUGCAUUCUUAAGGGAGAAGAAAAAGAAUGAAGAUAAAAAGCCCACUGUAUCACGCACAGCCGUAUGGAAGACUAGGAGGCACCCCUAUAUGCCUCCUAGUCAGCCCUUUCGGUACGGAGGAGCGGCAUGGGCACCCGUUCCUCAAGGAACCCAGCCUUUUUUCGCAUACCAGAUACCCGCGCAGUACCAGGGCGGCCAGCAGGGCCGGCAGAACCCACAUUAG